AUGGUGGAUCCACACUUGAAGCAUGGAAAAUUAGAGUUUCUGGUCCUCUGGAAGGGCUGUGGAGAUGAGGACAGAACAUGGGAACCAGAAGCCCAUCUGGACAAUUCCUGCAAUGCUGUCCACAAAUUUUAUUCCAAAUUUUAUUCCAAAAAUCCCUUGGCUCCUAGGAAGCUUGGAGGCAUAGAUUCAAACCUUUUUAAUUCCCUUUUUCAACCAAUACCCAAGAAUGUAACUACUACCUCUGGUACUUUGGUCUUGGUUGAAAGUUGGGCCUUAAGAGGGGGGUAG